AAACACGCAAAUUAUCUCACUGGGUACACCUAGACAGAUCUCUUUUUCACUACCGGUGUAUUAUUCUUACUAGGGCGAACCUUCCUUUAACACAUACCUUUCUGCAGUCUGUGAAGUGAAGUAAAGGAUUGAAAUCUCGUUCGUCUAAAGCAAAAGAGAGAGAGAAAAAAAAGGCCUGAGCACAAGGCACAAGGGAAAAAGGAAAACAACUACCACUUAAAACUCACUUCUAUACAUUAAACCCAAUCCACAACCAUCAAACACAUCAUCCAAAUCAUUCAAGUUGAUCACUCUUUCAACUUCUUGAAUGGUUUCAACACUUAAAUAUUAACCUUUUCGAUCAACCUAUGCCUGAUCCAAGGUUAAUUUAUCAUUUGUCUUAGUCUUUUGGAGGGAGGAAGGAAGAUUACACACAUUUAUUGCAUUUAGGACGUUUCCGAAGCUCCCAUUCAAGCUGGCUCGGAUUAUUCCUCUGGGUCAGCAAUCCACCAGGUGGUCGCAUGCCUCGUCCUCCACCCAACUCGAAGCGACAGCAAGGUGCUGCGAAUGUGCGCGACACUAGACAUGAUAAUGGACUGGUAGGUCCAGGGAAGAGGGUACCUCGACAAAAGAGUAAUGGACAUAUGAACGGACAUGCGAACUCCUCUGAAUCCAUCUCAUCAACACCACCACCUUCGACCCCACCGCCUACAAAUGGACAUGCGAAAUUGCCUGGACAAGCAGAGAAUACAUCAGAGAAUAAGUUGGGAGGGGAGAUGGUGAGGAGGACUUCAGUGGGUGGCCAUUCAGAUUCAUCUCAAGAUGUGUAUAAUGUCCCCACGAUUUCUUUCCCACAAGAAAAUCAUCGCCAUAUCAACGUAAAUUCUGCCAAAAAUCCUUCAGUCCAUCGCGAUUCCGGUCCGUUACAUUAUGCGAAGACUGUCUUGACAUCCUGUCCGAUCUCUGAUACCUUGGCCAUCCUUAUUGUCCUUCUCCAGGUCCCACCCGCUUUCUUGACGAUUAUUCAGUUACUGUUCGCCACCUUGACAUUCGUUCCUCCGUCCACCGCUGCUACUACUGGAAUAAGCUUCAUCGAUAUGUUUGAGGGAACAACUGGUACGCCAUCAUUGGCAACGAUUUUGGUGGUUGACGCACUAUUUCUCUUGACCUGGGUUUUCUUGUAUGGACCUGUGCAGGAGUUUAUUUUACAAUUUGCACAAUCUGUGAUCGCCUUGACCUUGGGAGGAGGUAUUAGUGGGAAGGAAGCUGGGAUGAAGAACGUGUUUCUCUGUUUUGGUUACAUAGGGCUCUCGCAUUAUGCUUCUACUAACAACCUUAAAUCUACUGGGCUCCGAUCAAUAUUCUCAUUUCCACGAAGUUUUUUUGGGCCAUUCAACCUUGAAGACCCUCUCGAAUCGAUACCAAUACAUAGCGCGAAUUGGAAGGACCUGAUACCGAUUUGGGUUAGAAAUAUCCUUGCGGUUCACAUCCUUGCACAGGGUGUCGUGCGGUACAUUCGAGAUUUAUAUUUUAGGAGUCAAAAACGCGAUCAUGCAGCAUCUACUUUGGGCGACCCUGAAGCAGCUAAAGGAUCCGCAGAUGGAGGUAAUGACUCUUCUAGUACAAACCCACAAACACCAGAUAACGAAGCUAUAACUUCACUACACGCUAGUAGUACAGCCAUUACAACCAGGAAAAAGAGAAAACAAAGCGCACAAGUUCGUAUACAACAGCCUCUAUGGGCAGCCUUAGCAAGUACAAAAAUUGUCAUGGUCAAAGAGUACGAGACAUCACACGCAGCUGCGGAAUCGGCAGGUACCAAUGCAACAGAUGCUAGUAAUCUCGGAAAUGCACCUUUCAGUACCGAACCAGAACGAAUAUGGAUCACCAAUGUUGGGUCCGAUACAGUUUUAUUCAGUACCAGUUAUUUUCCCAAGUACAUAAUUCCGGAAGAGAAUCAAGAGCAUGGAGAUGGGUCAGGUGUAAAUUCGAGGAUGCCUAUCUUUGUUAGGGUCAACCAAGCACAUUGGCAACCUACGAGGAUGGAGCCUAGCAUUGAUUCUAGCUUACCUGCUGGGCCAAACACGUGUUGGGAUGGGGAGAUUUUCGGGCUUGCACCUUCGAGCAGCUACGAGAUUGAAUUUUUCAACAGUGUUAGCAGCAGAAUCAUUUUUUGUACCAGCGUCAAAACUCUUUCUACUCCUUCGGAUACUACAGCUGCCGCCUCCCUCUCACCUCUUCCUCCUCAAAUAUCAGGACGACCAGGAUCACCAAGUACCACUAUCAAACAAUCAAUCAUCGCAUCCGAGACCAAACUUCUCGAAGAACGCACUCGCCAAAAACGCGAACGUAAAGACCAACGCACUAAACUCAGUACGCUUCGUAAAGACAUUGAGAAGCUCACCAAUAUCAUAACCUCAUCAGGUGGUAAUGAUGAUCGUCAACGUCAAAAAAUUCAACAAAUCAAUCUUCACAUUAAACAAGCAGAUGAUGCCAUUGCUGCCAUCCAAGCUGAGAUUGAUAUUGCCGAUCGAUUACCAUCCGCAUCAAGAGAUUCUGAUUAUAUUUCUGCAAAGCAAACGUAUCGAAUGCAGAAAGAUCUUUAUGAAAAAGCCAAGUCCGAUUUCAUUAACAAAAAGAAGGAGAAUGAAAAGCCCAUCGCAGCUUUGAGUGCCGAACUUCUUAACAGAGAACGUCAAUCUGAGAAAUUGGAAGCCCGAUCCAUCAAACUUACUCAUCAAGCAGAUGAUCUUCGCGAAGCUAACACCAAAGGAUUAAAUGAAGUUCAACGGAAGGAAAAGCAAAGGAAGGGCAAAGAUGAGGAAAGGAAAAUGGUCGAGGCGAGUUGGUCUGAGUACAACACAAAGGCACAACUUCAACUCCAUCAUCAUAGUGAGAGCCUUAAUCUCAUGUAUCAAUACAUCGACCAGUGGAGCUUUGCCUUACAACAACAUCAACAAGAAACAAAUCAAGUUUAUUCCAAUCCUAGUCCCUGGACUACCACCCCUGACAACUCAAUGCCUGGAUUCCCUGCAUACGCUCCGAUUUCAAAUAUGGCAUCGGUUAUGCCUCAAAUGGGUGGUUCAAUGACAAUGCCACAGUCCACACGACCAAGAGGUAGAAGUUCAAGCAUGCUAAGUAAUGAGAGUGGUUUUACCCAAGGACCCGAUUCCGACGAAGAACAUACUCCAUUCUAUGGACCACAUAUUCAAUCUCAAUCUCAAUAUUCUCCAUAUCAUCUCCAUCAAUCACUAAGUCCCUUUGCUUCUUUCCGCAAUAUAGCAUCAUCUCAAUUCCAUCAAAACGAAUCAUUAAACUGGCCUCCAACACGCAAGGGUUCUGGUUCAGGCGAUGGAUUCGGUUCCAGAAGUGGAAGUUCGAGAGGUAGUAUUGGGGAUCCCAAAAGUCCCACUCCAGGACAUGCUCAAUUACCUUUACCUAUUGGUGCGGGAUCUGGGUUAGGAGGUGGAAGUUUGAGGGGUUUGAGACAUUUUUGGGAUAAUUGACUUGUAGGCAUGAUUUGAUUUGCUGUGCUGGCUGGAUUGUGAAGGGUGUUAGUUAGGGAAAUUCAACUGAACUGCUCAGAGAUAGCAUCAAUGAACUAGAUUGAUUGAUUGAUGGUUGUUGAUGAGGAAGUUUUAAGUGAUGUGUGGAAAAAUUUCAUGUUGAUGUUGAUGUGAUGGAUGGAUUGUAGUGAGAAUGGCUGCUGGACUGGAUUGAAACUGGCUGAUCGUCAUGGAAUGGAAGUGAUAUUGGCAUAGCAGUAGUAAAAAUCAAGCUUGCAAGAUCUUUAUUUUCUCGAUUUUUGAUUUGUCUGAGAUUUUUGAG